AAGUCUCCCCUUUUGAACACUCUCUAGAAAAAGACCAACCCGGAUGAGAUAAGCGGCAUGAACGUAGCUAGAAAUAGGUUUGGUCACCUACAAAAACGCGCCCAAAUUGCCCUGUCACCACUCACCAGGUUUGACAUUUACCUUUUUCCUCAAACAAAUCGUCAGGCAAGUUCUAGGACUAGUUUGUUUGGUCACCCACAUAAGUUCCUCUCUCGCUUGUCUCUCCCUCCAAUUUCCCCUACAUAAACCCCCCAUUUCCUAAUCUCCUCUACAGUUCAGCAAAACACAUUUUCUUAGCACUUAGACAAGCAUUCUCGGAACAUUGGUUUGCGAGUAGAGAGCGAGAGAGAGAGAGAGAGACGUUAACUGUAUCGAUGGCGGAUAGAAGGAUGGAGGCGGCUCUGGUUCUUGCCACAGUGGCCAUGCUCUGGGUCAGAGUGGCGGCUCAGUCGAGCUGCACGAACGUGCUGAUAAGCCUCUCCCCGUGCCUCAACUACAUCACAGGGAACUCCUCCACCCCGUCCUCGAAUUGCUGCACACAGCUCGCCAGCGUUGUCCGCUCCCAGCCUCAGUGCUUGUGCCAGGUGCUUACUGGAGGCGGCUCUUCGCUAGGGAUCAACGUCAAUCAGACUCAAGCUCUGGCUCUACCGGGUGCCUGCAAUGUUCAGACCCCGCCCAUUAGCAGCUGCAAUGCCACUUCUCCGGCCGAAUCUCCAUCAGAGACUCCAGAAUCUCCAACUGCAGUUCCUUCAGGAAAUGGAUCCAAAACCAUACCAUCGACACAAGAAGAUGGCUCAUCAGAUGCAGGCUCCAUCAAGCUAUCGAUUCCUCUGCUUCUUGUCCUCCUCUUGACAGGAUCGUAUGUCUCGAUGCUGUCCUCACACUAAUCAUCUCUUCCUCCACCAAUUAGUUCUGCGCAAUAUCUGUCCGAAUGCAUUGGAGUAUUCUUUAUUGUUUUGUAUUCUAGCUCGACCCCCAGUAUAGGCAGGGCGAGUGAGUUCUAUAAUUCUUACUACACCUUGAGUUUUGUGUAUCUACUACUGCUGGAGAGAGACUGGCUGUCUUUCUUCUAAAUAAAACAGGCAUCUGCCUACUCUUUGUAUGCCUUUA